AUGGACAGUGGGUCUACACCGCCCACUCGUGAAUCCUCCACACCCCCAUCGGAAACCGUAUCAUUGCCUAAACUCUGUCUCGAGGAUGGUGUGAUCAAAGACGAGUUUGGCAGAGAGGUUUUCCUGCGAGGCAUUAACUUUGCUGGUGAUGCAAAAUUCCCGUACCAUCCGGAUUCAGAUUCUUUUGUUGACUCGCCGGUUCCUUUGGACGAGGCCGACACCCACUUCCAAAGACUCCGUGACCUGGGAUUCAACUGUCUGAGAUAUAUUUAUACCUGGGACGCUUUGGAACAUGAAGGGCCAGGCAAGUACGAUGAAGCGUACAUUGACUAUACCAUAAAAGUGCUGCAAAAAGCCAGAGACUACGGCUUCUAUUUGUUUAUGGAUCCCCACCAAGACGUCUGGUCUCGCCAUUCUGGUGGAAGCGGUGCUCCGUUAUGGACCCUCCACUUGCUAGGAUUUGAUCCCAAGCAGUUUGAGGAUACUCAAGCAGCCAUGCUGUAUCACAAGGAUGCGUCCCAUCGCCAAAAAAUGCUGUGGGCAUCAAAUUACCACAGACUCGUCAGUUUGACCAUGUUUACGGUAUUUUUUGGCGGCGAGGAUUUUGCUCCGAAUGCGAAAGUUAAUGGAGUAAAUGUCGGAACUUACCUUUCUGAGCAUUACUUUAAUGCCCUUGAGCAUUUCGCCAAACGAGUGAAUGACGCAACUCUGGGUAAUUCGUUACUAGGUUGGGAAUCUCUCAAUGAACCUGGUCAUGGUCUUAUUGGAUAUGAGCAUCUGAACAAGUUUCCUUCUCAUCCGGGCCAUGUCAAGCUUGGUCGCAUGCCCACCCCAUUCAGGGCCAUGCUGCUAGGUCAGGGCACCCCCCAAACUUGUGACUUUUUCCGGUUCACCAGCAUUGGAACGCGCUGCGAUGGCCCUCGGGAAGUAUAUCCCAACAAGGGUACUUGGUUUUCUCCUGAAGACCAAGCUGCAAUCAAUAAACAGCACGGGUGGACAAGAAACUGGGAGGGAUGCAUCUGGGAGCACCAUGGUAUCUACGACAGUGCCAGCCAAAAACUACUCAAACCCGACUAUUUCUUGACCACAUCGGAAGGCAUAAAGCUCCCUGAAGAGCACGCAUUCAUUGAGGUUUACUACGUGAAGCACUGGCAAGAGUUUGUCGCUAGAAUGCAGCCAAUCAAUGAGAAUUGGUUCAUGUUCAUGCAGAGCCCAGUCAAUAUGGCACCACCCCAUCUGGUGCAAAUGAACAUCCCUGUUGACAAAAAGCGUACCAUCUACACCCCCCACUACUACGAUGGCAUGACUCUGAUGCUGAAGCGAUGGCGAGCGAUGAACGUUGAUGCAGUCGGUGUUCUGCGUAACAAGUACUCAAACCCUGCGCUAGCCGUUCGUAUUGGAUCCAGUGCUAUCCGUAACUCUUUCAUUCAACAGCUCGCCUAUAUCAAGGAAGAGGGACGACGCCGGUUGGGUGAGAUCCCUUGCCUCAUGUCUGAGAUUGGCAUUCCCUACGAUCUCGAGGACAAGCAGGCAUUUGCCACUGGCCAGUACGAUAACCAGGUUCGUGCAAUGGAUUGCAAUCAUUGGGCUCUUGAGAGCAAUAAAAUGCACCAUUGCUUGUGGACAUACGCUGCUUGCAACAGCCACGAGCAUGGCGAUUUCUGGAACGGUGAAGACUUGUCUAUCUGGUCCAGUGACGAUUACCGACGCGAUGUGCAAAACCGGCCUCGUGGCCACUCGGUGGUCUCAAUGUCUUCUACCGGGAGCCAGUCUUCGAAGCGACGGCUCUUCAAGGCCCGGGAAAAGCUACCGGCAACUUCGAUUAUUGAUAAGUCUGCCGGUGUGAGGGCCGCGCCUGCGGUGAUCCGUGCUACGCCCAUCACUGUUGCCGGAAAACUUGAAAGCUACAGCUUUGAUCUGUACAAGGCUGCAUUCACUAUCUCUAUUACCGGCGCUGGCAGCGACCCUGAAAACCUAGUCACGUCGAUUUUCCUUCCUGAAUAUCACUACCGCCAGAAGCUUGCCGUGACCACCUCCUCGGGCACUUUUUCAUACAACUCGCAUUCACAAAGUCUCACAUGGAAGCAUGCACCGGGCGCUCAGACCUUGACAGCCAUUGGCACCCCCCAGUUUUCCGACUCGCUGUCCUCGUACUUUGACCCGCUUCUCCGCGUCAUUGGCGACGGCCGCUACGAAAUCAAACGCCUGGGACGCCGCUUCCUCACAGUAUAA